AUGGGCAACGAAACACUGGCUGAACUAAAAAAGAACGUUAGGAAAUAUGAAAUUAUUGAAAUUAUGAUAACUCCUAAAACCCCUUUUGAUAUUGAGACGGAGAUUAUACAGUCUAAAAUACAACAAAUAAAUAAAGAUAACAAUUCAAAGAAACCCGAAAUUGAUAGAUUACGUGAAGAAGUAGAGAAUUCAAAAUUAUUAAUAAACUCCGAAAGUCCUAAACAAAAUUAUGUAGACUAUCAAUACAAUACUUCUACUCCGCGUAUAUAUUAUGUAUAACAAAAUAAUAAAGUAAAAAAAAAAUUAUUAAAACGGUUAAUACCCCAUUCGUAAAUAAAUGAAGUAAAUAAAUAUAUACAUUUUUAUUUAUUAUCUUCACUAAUAUGUAUAGGUACGUUAAAUGCACUUCAUAGUAUUCCUCCCCCACUGCUGAUUUUCGGAUUAAGUAUAUAUUGGCGGGAUUUAGUGAUAAGAGAAUGGUUUCAGCGCCAAAUAAUUUAAAUUGGCACCCCACAUAAGUCCUCUUCAAAAUUUGAUACCAUAAAAUCCCAUCCAAGGGACGUAGUCUGGAAUUCGUCCGAUCACAACUUAACUUUGGAAACGGUAUAUAGGUCUCUUCAAGACCACUCUCACCAAAUAAGUGUCAAUCGGAAGGAAUGAAAAAAGGAAUGAUUCUCCAACAUGAUCGGCGAGGCAUUUACAUAUACAUCAAGUAUAUCCCCUCAGGAUUUGUUGAUAUAAAAGAGUACUUGAAACGCGAAAUUAAACUGGGACCCCCGUACAAGUUCCUUCUUUAAAGAGUAUAUUAGGAUAUAUUAUAUCCUUACUCUAUGAACAGAGUACACGCGAAUGGUUUGAUCAGAAACAAUCGUUUAGUCGUACGCCGUCGUCAUACAAUCCUGUACGCCACCGCCGCCGUGUAUACAGCCAGUCAUAAUAUCUACAUACCUACCGCCAAAUAAAUCAUCAUAAUAAAUAAUACACAGGCAUAAUAUAUUGUUUCAAUUAUGGGCGUACGUAGGAUCUUUUUCAGGUUAUACAGGAUACCACUAGCGCAUCUAAAUGUUAUUUUAACCUCGUCAAAUUCUGAUAAAAAAAUGUACACAAAUAUUGAAAUGUCUUACCAACUUUUUAAUUAAAAAUGUAAUUUUUACUUAAAAUUCAAAUUGAAUUACAACAUAAAACGUACAUAUUUUGCAAAUUUUUGAUUUAACUUAUAAUAUAGUUUUUGAAAGCCUCGGGGACGUAGCCCCCUAAUGCCCCCUUAAUCUUGGCCUAGUAUUCAAGGUAUGCAGCUGCUUUCCCUACAUACCACUUGCCUACGGUUUCGAUCAAACUAAUGGAAACAUAGACAAAUUAUAUUUACUUAAAACGUAAGUCGUAACAUUUAUUCAAACUAUAACGGAACAUUUGUGUGAGCAAAUCCAUGUACGUGGUAAGGCCGUUAAAACAAAAUGUUAUCGAUAUUUUGUUCCCUACGUACGUCGUAUAACAUGCCGUGUAUCGGCGGCAAUGAGAUUGAUUGUCGGGCGAGUGGAUUAUAGACGUAUAAUAUAAUAGAAUAGGAAUGAUAGGUGUUUUACGAAUAAUACAUUAAAGCUAUACGACAGGUAUAUAAUCUACAUUGAUUAAUACUCUAAAAACAAGAUUGAUUUUAUAAAGAUUUUUUGGUUAAGCCAUAUAAAUUAACUUAGCAACGAAAGCUAAAAGGUAUUUAUUGUACAAAUAAUCGUAUAGGUGUGCAUAUUUUACUUGAUAAAAAAAUAUAGUAAAAGACUUAUUAAAAAUCAAGAAUAAUGGAAGUAAUCAUUACAAACUAGGAUGAAAAAAAACAGUACAUUUAAUUUUGUAAAAUUUAAAAAUACUAUUACUGGUGUUUAAAUAAAAUUAAUUUUGUAUAGUAUGACCUGAUUUUAUCAUCUAUUUCAUUAGUACUUUUGUUUAGAAUACCUUUUUGUAAAUAGCAUAUAUAAAAUAUUAUACUUGUGUAUACCUAAAUUUUAUAUUUAUUAAAUAACAAAAAAUAUUUUUCAGUAUUGAAUAACAAUGUACUUAUGUAAUUUUAGUUCCAAAUUUCCAGUUCAUUGGGAACUACAACCAGUAACAUAACACUUUUCUACCAUCAUAUGAUGUUAAAAUGAAAAAAUGUUAUUUCCAACUUAUAUUAAAUUUAAAAAAAAAUGACAACAAACACGUUACACGGAUAGAUGAAUAAGUUACAUCAAAUACUGUAUGAUAAUUUAAAGCAUUUUGUUAGUUUGUUACAAUUUUCGCUUAAACGCAAAUAUACGAUUCUUCCACGUCGAAUUAUAUUCUUUAUUAUUACUAGAGGUGGGUAGUUCAUGAGUGAGUUGACUCUUUUGGGUGAAUCGAAUGAAUUGAUUCAGUGUGGUAUAGUUCAGUGACUCAGUGACUCGAUGACUCAGUGCUACCACUGGUUCUAAACAAUUAUUCACGAAUCACGGAUGUGUGUUAUCAGUCCGACAAUUCGCCUAUACAGCCUGCUAUGCCACAAUAUACAUAAUAUGAAAUUCUAUUAUUAUUUGUCAUUACAAGUAAUGUUAUGACGUUAUCACUAAUUAUUACUGUUUGUCUCAAGCAUAGACGUACAAUAUAUUAUACAUUGUCUAUGGUGCAAGAUUGUCAUAUAGAUAAGCCGGCGUACCGCCAAUUAAGAGCGUUAAGGUCACCCAAAAUACCCAAGGUCGUCUGGUGGUGUAAAACUGCAUUAAAGGUGGAGAAUCACUGAUCGGUAGUUUUAAACUUCCAUGUGUCAUGUGUGCAUUGUGCUCUCCGGGGUGACGGAAUUCAUAAUUUUGAUAUUCUCUUUUGUUAUACCACGUGAUGUCUUGUUUUCUAUUUCAUAUUACCGCAUGAAUUAAUUUUAGGAAGAUUAUAUUCCGUAUUCGUUUCAAAAUCGUUUUUAUAAUUAAUUCUUGAGUAUUAUCGUAUUUCUGUGUUCAAAGGUUUAGACGCCAGCGUCUUGCAGUCUCUUGCCGACAACGACGCACUUGAUUUUUCAAGGCUUGCUCAUCGUUGUUUCCACGACGUUGACUUAAAUUACACGGUAAGUGAAUCAUAUCCAUUCGAUAUGUGUUUAUUAAAUUAUUAAAAACCAGUUAUCAAUUAGGUUUGCUUGCUUAUAACGACUUUUUUUUUAGGUUAGAUUUUGUUAUUAAGAAGGGGGUAUUCGAGAUUUUUAAAAAUCUACAUAGGGGGAGGGGCUUAGAAUCACUGUUCUACAUGCUUCAUAAUUAGCAUUCUGAAAACGUGUUCGAUGUCGUUUGCAGACAUAUCUUGAGAGAAUGCUACGCACAGGAUCUUAUCAAUUAGAGAGGUAGUGCGUGCGCCUAGCGAUGCCUACGUUCCCGGUGUAGUACUCAGAAGCGUUAAUAAGUAAUUAACACUUAAACAAAAUAUUUGAAAUUUAGAAUAUCACGUACAAUAGUGAGAAAUAGGAGAUAAGGGUCUAGAACAAUUUGCUGCUACUGUCUUUCGCCGUGACUCAUUCACCUUGAGACGUUUCACCAUAUUUAAAAUUUCAUUAUCAAAACCCAGCAAUAGGUAUGUAUCCUCGGAGUGAAGUUUUAAGUGAAUUUGAUUUUUGUUUUUUGAAUUAUUAUGGAAUCAUUAAAGCUUUAUUAUUUUAAUGAUAUUUUAAAUUACUUUAAAUAAGUCGGUAUAUAUUAUGUUACUGUUAAUGUCCGCAGUUGAUGAAUGUUAACAGUCACCUGUCAAUGUCGACAUACAUCAAAGUCAUUGGUAAAUGUUGGCAUAUUGAUUAAAUUUGUAUUAUUUGUAAAUAUUCACUCUUGAAUGUCGACAUUUAUAUAACGAUUUCGGUGAAUGUUUGUAAUGCCAAUAUUGUUUUGUGGAUAAGCCACAUUAAUAAUACAGUUAUUAUUAAUCUAGACAUACUACUUAGUACUUAUACAAUAGUAUAGAUAAUUUAGAACUUGUUAAUAAUUUUAUAAAUGUUUUAUUUAAAAUAAAAGUUUCUUCUGGCUAAAGUUGGUGAAACUGUCCUUAUUGAGUUCCAGAUAUUGAUCGUAGUAAAAUGGAUAUAAAAUUUUUUAGCCAUAGUAUUAGAUAUAGUAGAUAAUGAUUUUUAUAAAUUACCUACCAAAAAUGGUUUUAUAAAUCAAUUAUACAUCAGGAAUCAGUUUUUGGUACCUAUGUAAAGAAAAUUUAAUAUCAAUUGCUAAUGUACUAAGGGAUCACCAAAUUUCCUUAAGUCAAGUUUCUGCAUCAAAUUCGUCAAUUGGUAGGCAAGGAUAUACCCGAUGUAAUUACAAAACAAAGCGCACCACAAUAAAUGUGGUUGUAAAAAUGUUGAAAGUUUAGGUAACAUAAAAUGUCAUGUUGCAAUAAGUAAUAAUUUUUGUAUGAUAAAUAAUAAUAAUUUAAAUUAAUAAAACAAAUAUUGUUUAAUAAUAAUAAUACUUUGUUGAUUAAAUUAAACACAUAUCUAUUGGAUAUAUUGUAUAAUAAUAUUGUAGACUAUAUUAUGGCCUAUAUGUAAUUGCAAAUACAUAUGUCAAUAUUAACCAAAAUCCUGAUGUGAAUGUCAACCUUGAUUUGUAAAUGUGUAAAAUUGUUUUAAUUUUUCUACAUUCACCUAUUAAGUUGUAUGUUGACAUUAUUCGGUGACUGUCAGCAUUCACCAACUGCGGACAUUCACAGUAACAUACACUACACUUCCAAUCAGAAUCCUCCAGUUUAAAACCAGAUUUAAAUAGAGAAUAUUUUAUAGUCACACAAAGGCUUAUACUUGUACAAGUAAAGAUUUUUAAGAUAUUGAAAGUCUGAAAAUGGAGUUCAAUUGCAUUUGGGGAAUUCAUCUAAGCUUUUACAUAUAUUUUUGAAAGAAAGAUGCAAAUAUCGCGAAAUGUAUGUAAAUCUUUAUUUUUAAUUUUAGAUUAAUUUUAAAAAUGGCUUUAUUAAUAAUGUUCUAAUUUCUUCAUAAUCAAUUAAAUUUAUAGCAUAUGAAUGUGCAAUAUCAAAAAUGCAAUAAAAUUUGUUGAAUGAUUUUUCUUUUUAUUAAUUUGGUCAUACUCUUUCACUUGCUACAUUUUUGUAAAAAUGUCUAUUCUUUGUAUAACACUUUAACAUGAGUAAUACUAUGUUAAUUUUUUGUAGGAAUUAAUUAUUUUGGCUAAAAUAUUUCGAUUUCUUUAACUACUAAUGUUGCAUUAACACGGAAAUUUAGUUUAACUUUACGUAAGUUCUAAAAUAAAACCUUCAAAAUUUGUCUCAUUGACAAUAAAUUAACAUCAAUAAUUUGAUUUUUAAUAUAACCAAUUAAAAAUAUUUUUUGACUAAAUCUAGUAUCCAUUUUUAAUUAUUUAAGUUAAUAAAAAUUGUACCUAACCCACAGAAAAAUAUUAAAUCUAGACUAUAAUAGUAAACUGUUUUUACAGUUUUAAUUUAAUUUGGGAUUAACAUUAAAUAUGACCAAUGUAAGUCAUAAAGUAAGACUAUCAUAUAGUAUUGACAAAUAUUAUGUAUUUUUAUAAUACUAUUAAUAUCUAUCAAAAUAUCCUUAAUCUAACAUCACAGAAAAACUCUAGUAUUUGGAUUAAGCUUUUUAUCACAUUUUUAUAUAUGAUUUAAUAAUAAUAAUAAAAAAAUAAGACUAAUAAUACGUAUACCAAUAACAACAAAGCAACAUUAUUAAAAAUAUUUUAAAAUACAUUGUGGAAUAUAAUUUAGAAGUAUUUUUGUGUAUAUUUUUAUUUUUGUUAAAUUAAUUAAGUGUUUAUUAAUUUUUUAGUGUUUUCAAUUAAAAUGUCCACAUUCAUAUGACAACAAAGAAGUUAUUAAAAUCUUAAAAUAAGAUUAAAACAAGUUCUUGGUGUUUUAUUAAAAAAAUUAAAUCUAAACAAACUGUGAUAGUACACUAUUUUCUUCUAUUUAAUGCAUUUUCUGUAUUAUUAAAUAUUCAAAGUGGAGGUAGUAAGCCUCCACUAAAUAUUAUUCAAAUGACCUCAAACUUAGAGAAUAUAAUUUUUUUACUAUACAGCAUGAGAUAGAGGGGUGUCUUGGAAGACAUUUUGAAAUUGACAAAAUAAGGACCAUCUUAAUGGAGUAUGCAUAUAUUUAUAAAAAUUAAAACCAUGUCACCAUGAAUAUCAGUAUGAUUAUAUAAUAAAUAUAAGAAUAGACACUCCAAAAAUUUGAAUCAUGAAAUCAUGAAUUAUAUUUGCAGGUUUGUGGCCCAAAACUAACUCAUUCCCGGCCCAAUAGAGGCUUGCUGGUGACAAGGGGUGGGACAUAUACCUUCCUUGCCCCUCCCCGAAUGACGCCACUAGAAUCAGUAUCUUGGUAUAAAUUAUACAUUUUAACUCAUUUUUGAAAAAGUGAAGUUAUAUAAGUAGGUACCUACAUAAAGAUACCUUACUCAUAUUGAGAUACUUCAUAAGAUAUAUUUCAGAUACUUACCUACAAAAUUUGAGACUAACAACUAAAUGUCAUAGUUCAUUAUUUUUUAUUUUAUUUUAUUUUCUUAUUUCGAAGAACAAAUUAUUUUCAAUUUUUGUGCAAGUACUUAGCGUUAUAGAUUUUGUUAAAUAUUAUAAUAUGGUGACAUUUAAUUAAUUUGUAUUUGUAUGUAGGUGUGUCACAAUGAUACAAUUUCAAUAAAUUUGUUUUCUAUUAAAAUUUUUGUUUUACUUUUAAGUUCUACAUAUAAAAAAAUAUUUAUGCCUUAUGAAAGUCUAAUGGCUUAAUAUGUAACUUAUAAUAGUUAAUAGUUUGGUAUAGCUAUUAUGAAUAUAGAGCAAUAACACUAAUUUUAAUAAAAUUAAUAAAAAUGAGAAAAAAUGUAGAGCUUCCUAUGGCUCAUUGUAGAAUAGUUCUGAUAAUCAUUUUUACAGUAGGUAUAUGAAAACAUACCGCAAUAAUAAUUAAUUUACUAAAACACUAAUUUUCAAAGAAAUUAAGGACAUUACCUGGUCAGUCAUUUACAUGUAAUAUUAAAAGUAAUGACUGUAAAAAAUUAUUUUUUAUUUUAAUUUUUUGUAAAAGUAAAAUAUUAAUUUUAGAAAAUUGAAUUCCAUAUCCAAUUGAGAAAUGGAUUUUCAUUAUUAUCAUGUGGCUUACCAUAUUAUUGUAUACCUACAAAAUAAUGAAGGUGGUAACCUACUGUCAUUGACACUUUUUAAUUUUGUCAUUGGUGAUUGUCUCUUCCAUCAUUAUUAUAAAAUAUUUUCUUUUCCUCAAUAUUAGUUUAUAGUAUCCACAAUAUUAUGAGCUGUCAAAAGCAUUCAAAGUUUAUUAUGCCUACUAGCUUCACUUGUCAACUAGUAGGUUACAUAUGACAUGAUUUCCAAUAGAUUUAUCUAGGAAAUAAAGUAUUAUUACUUUCAAGUUUUAAAAUAAAAAAAGUAUUUGUAAAUUAUUUAUAUACCUUCUCUUGAUUUAAGUAUUAAUUUUAACUAAACAAACAGAUCGAUUAUAAUGUUUGGUUAUUGAUAAAGUAAUGAUCAUAGAUAUAUUCUAGUUCUUUUUUAUUCAUAAUUUUUUUUUUACAAUUAAAAUUCUUAAGAAGUUUGAAAGCUGUGUUUUCUAUCUUUAUCUUACAAACCUGCAAUAGGAAUUUAAUCUAUCGUGUUCUUUUUCAAAUGUACCAAUUAAUUGGUCUAGUGAAGUGAUAAGAAUUCUGAAAACAAUUUUUUUAAUUGUUCAUCAAUUUUAUUUGAAAUCUACUAAAUUUGUCCAAAAAUUAAAACAUUUAAUUCUUUAACUACUCCAUUUUUAGGUAGGAUUUAGAGGGAUAAAAUCAAAAAUUUGGGAUGUCAACUUUUGUAGACUUGACUACAAGUUCAAAUCAGUUCAGAAUUUUUAUUGCUUUACCUUUGCUAGACCAAUUGAUUUGUUGGAAAUAGAAUACAUCUAAAUUUGUAUGUUGCACGAAUGUAAGAUAAGGAUACAAAAUCACCAAUUCCUCCAAUUCCCUUCAUAUUAAUCAUUAUUAAUCAUUUAAGUUAUUGGUUUUUGAAUUUAUUUCAUAAAAUCAUUUUUGUCAACUAAAGUGGGCACAUUUUUAAAUUUUGUAUUGGUGAGGAGGCCUAAGAAUGUAUUUAAGUGACAUGUUUUAUGCAAUAUUAAAACUGCUCAAAAUUAAAGAUAAGUUAUUCAAAAAAAAAAAAAUGGUUUUAACAAUAGGAACAAAAGAUAGUUAAAUAAUUACCAAAAAUUAUGUACCUAUAUGCAAAUUGUGUAAAUCAUCUGUCAUAAUCUUCCAUUCAUGAAUUAUGGAAUUUGUACAAAGUGUAAAAUACUUUGAUGUAAAUCUUUGCAAUUUAAAUGUAUAUUAUCAAUUAGUAUUAUUUGUAAUAACCAUAAAUAUGCCAUUUUUUACAAAUCUUAACUUUUGACCAAAUUCAUAUGGAUCUAGAACAAUUCAUCCCACGAAAAAAAACCGUCAUAUGUGGUUACUUUCAUCACCAUCAUAAUUUAAUACAGGAACAAUCCGUCUGAAAAUUUAUAUCAGCAUAUUUUUAUAAGAUAAUAUUUUAAUACAAUUUUCUUAUUAUUUAUCACUUACAAUUUAGUACAGAUUUUAGAGUUUAGUACACAGUUCUAAAUUACCUAAUACAAUUAUAUUUUUGCAACUUAAAAAAUGCUAUAUAAUAAUAUAGGUAAUUUGUUAAAAUAUGCAUAGUUUGAAUUAUAUUUUAAAAACUAGUUAUAGUUGAAAUGACAAAAUAAUUUAAAAAUUUGAAAAAUAAAAUUGAAAGAAUAAAAUAAAUGAAUGAUUUAAAAAAAUCCUAGUGUUUAAUAUUGAUACUUAAACUAUUACAAAUAGUUACAAUUUUUUCUGUGUUGCUAUACGUUUCAUAAAAUUAUUUCAAAAUAUAAUCAUAUAUACAGAGGUGGUCAAAAGUCGCGCAAUGCCUACCGUCUUAUAUGAAACGCGUUACAGCGCAGUUUCUCCCUCCACGUCGUUUCCGUUACGUCAUAUUGCAACUUUGGUCUCGUUAUCUUGUUUACGUACAACAACAGCAAGGUUUAUAAAAAAUCAACAUAACCUAAUAGACGCAGUUUCAUGUUCGUUAUCGUUCGUAACACUGCCGAAAUGCCCUCUCCAAAAUUGUCGCUUGUUGAACGCAUUUUGUUAAUGGCCCCCAAGAUCACCCGAUCUCACACCUUGUGAUUUCAGCAUGUGGGGAGUUAUCAAAGAUCGAGUUUACAAGUAGCCAAUCCAAAAUUUGAUUCAUUUAAAAAAGCGAAUCGAGGAAGAAUUCAAAAUGUUGAGCACCGAUUAUUCGUAUCUUUACAACGCCACGAACACGGUAAAGAAACGUUGUGGAGCAGUUAUUGA